CAAAAGUAAAGCAGAAUCCUCGAGCAAAGGAAACAUAAAUAUCAAAUAAGUUUAUGAAGAUAAAAAAUACAAUAGCGCGCAUUCCCGCCCUUCUCUAUUUCUUCUGUUGGCCAUCUUCCCCAUCAUUGUUGAGUUUCAAAGAUCUUGGCAGCCGUGGUAUCAGAGUUGCCAGAACAAGGAUCCACAACUUUAUUUCCAGAUCGUCCUGAAGCGCUAAAGACUACUUGGAAUUAUGCCGCCUUCAAGCCACAAAGAAAUUUUACUUUUUUGAGUGUCAGUAGUUCGAAAUUGACAGAUUCCUCCUUUAACUUUCGUAUCACAUCAUGGUAUAUAAUGACUUGCACUAUUUGCCUUUUUUGGGUAAAGUCCACGGUUCCCUGGCUCGUGCCGGUAAGGUCAAGUCGCAAACCCCUAAGGUUGCCAAGCAGGAGAAGAAGAAGAAGCUCACUGGUCGUGCUAAGAAGCGCGAGACUUACAAGCGCAGAUUCGUUAACAUUACCAACGCUCCCGGUGGCAAGCGUCGCAUGAACGUCAACCCCGAGUCGAGCAAGAACUAAAUGUUGCUGACAGGAUAUUUGCAUAGCAUGAUGGCGACAUCAAGGUUGAGUUGGCGAAUUCAUCUUUUAUAUGAUUGAUGCAGGACUCUAAACUUGUCGCCACCUAACUUGUCAUUCAACAGCUAGUUCAAAUAAACCCAUUAUCGCUUCAACGCUCUUGUUUCCAUUGUAUUAUAGCUGAUUGAUUGGUGGUGUUUUUGGUCAAAAACUCGGUUGACUGACUAAUGGAUCGUUCUUGG